AUGUCCUACUUUUGUAUCACCUGCUCAUUCAUAGUUCACACGCAAUGCGCUCUCUUUCCAUCGACUCUCAAAAUAACACAUCACCACCAUCCUCUGAGUCUGAACCUCAAAUACUCUCCUCAGCUCAACCAAUCCGAAAGCCGGCAAAUAUGGAAACUCUGUGUUAGAAAGGUGGACAUAAAAUACAAAGCUUAUUACUACUCGAGUUGUGAUUUUGCUGCACAUUCUCGUUGUGCUGCAAAAAUCGACAUCAGGGAUGAAACAUUUGACCCGGAAUUCAAAGAUGAUCAGCCUAUUGAGACCCACCUUCUUGGGCAUUAUGAAUCGACUGACACAUUAGCUCAAAUUGUCGACAAGAUCAACCUGGGAAACAGAAAAGCUAAAAUCAUCACAGAGAUCAAACAUAUGUGGCAUGAACAUCACUUAAAGCUUGCAGUUGAGCUAGAGAACAAUGAAAAAUGCAACGGGUGUGAGCAGUAUCUUUCCUCUCCGCAUUAUUGUUGUUUGCAAUGCAAGUUCUUUCUUCACAAAUCUUGUGCUGAUUUACCCAGAAAAAAAUUACACCCACUCCAUAAACAUCCGCUCACCCUCCUCCCAAACAAAUCUCAGAAUGAAUAUGGUCCUGAAAUCUUUUCUUGUAAUGCUUGUAAACGUUUGUGUAAUGGGUUCAUAUACAAUUGUGAUGACUGCCGCUUUCAGCUUGACGUCCCUUGUAGUUUGAUACGAACCAAAUUUAUCCAUGAUGGUCAUGAGCACCCACUUUUUCUUUUGAGCACAGGCUACGAAGGUCGUGGCAUAUGUACCUCCUGUGGCAUAUUUGGAAGUCGAAUCAUACGUUGUGCUGAUUGUAACUUUUCUAUCGACUUGGACUGUGCUACUCUACCACUUACCACAAAAUAUGGGCACUAUGAGCAACCAUUCAUACUCUCUUACACCGUUGAGGAUGACUGUGCUGACUAUUAUUGUGAUAUUUGCGAGAACGAGCGGGACCCGAAGCAUUAG